UAUUUUCAGUUGUCUCCACUCUUCUUGUACUAUAAAUAAGUCAUCACCCUUCCCUCACUUCUUCCCUUUCCCCUCUCUCUCUCUCGCAAGGAAGAUAAUUAGCUAGAAUCUAAUGCAUAUAGCUAGUGUGAUGUGUGAUGCAUGUGGUUUGUGAGAUUGUUGUUUGUGGUUUUAUGAUAUACUAUUCUGGUUUGCGGCGCAGAGCUUAUCUCCUUCACUCUCUCUCUCUUGUUUUUCUCUACUGGUUCUACUUUUUUUCAUAAUAAAAUAAAUGAAAAUGGAUUCCUUGGCGCCGCCGUGCUCUUCCACGGAUGUGCAACAGCGGAAGCAGAGGAGAAUGGAAUCAAACCGCGAAUCAGCGCGGGUGAAGAAGCAGAAGUAUGUGGACGAUCUGACGGCUGAGGCUGCUCAUCUCUCCGAACUAAAUAACCAGAUAUCGAACAGCAUGAAUGCCACUGUUGAAAGAUAUGAGUAUUAUUCAUUCAACUUGUUCAGAGAAUUACUACACCAUUUUGUUCAGGAGUCCACCAUGCAGCAGUGUGUGAAAAUUGAGGUGCACAACUCGGUGCUGAGGGCUCAGAUCAUGGAGCUCUCACACAGACUCCAUUCCUUCAAACAAAUAUUGACUCAUCACGCCGUCUUUGAGGCUGAUCACUUAAACUUUGGCCAUGGUUUGUUGAACAAUUCAUGGAAUUUGUUGGAGGCCCCACACCACUAAUAUUUAUCCACGUAAACGUAAUGUAGCAAUGAGGCAAUACAAGAGAUAAAUUU